CGUCACUCCCCCAUCCGUCGGAAGUACGUUCCCGUCCUGCGUCUCCCUACAGUCUCAACUCGCCUGCAAGCCUGCACUGUCGGCCUCUUUUUCACGCCUUUGCUCGGCUUGUCAAGCAGAAGUAUGGGCUCAGUGGAUCGGAAACUGGCCUUGGAUUAUUCUGCCGUUCCAACCGACCAGAAUGAUGCGGGAUUCUGUUCUCCUUCUUCAUAAAAGCAAACCUCGGGAAUGAGCACUUCUGCUCCCUCGCUCGUGUUUUAUUCGCCAGGGCUGAGCGUAUAUGGGGCAGUAGCGAGUCUAACAGCUUUAACAGCCUUCUUUUGUAGACAAAAGAAGGCUGCGAAGUAAUAUUCACAAAUAAAAGAGGUCGUGGUCUCCAAUCUAUGGAGAAAGUGGGCAAGAUGUGGGGUAACCUCAGGAGUAGAUGCCAAGCCCUCUUCCACAAGGAUGGCACAGAGUCCAAUCUGUGUAGCCAGGACUUAGAUUGUGUCCACUGUGUGGUGGACAUGGGCAGAGGAGCACAUGCAGAACCCUAUGAAACUAGGUCUUCCACACCCUCACGGACCUUGUCACCACUCCCACUGGUUGCUGGAGGACGCAGAGGCCAUAACUGUGUGGCAGAUAUUCCCCAGAUAGUAGAAAUCUCCAUUGACAAAGAGAGUGAAGAUGCACGGAGGGGCCCCCUUGUGCGUAGGGACUCCUACUCACGUCAUGCUCCCUGGGGAGGUAAAAAGAAACAUUCUUGCUCAACUAAAACGCAAAGUUCACUUGAGGCUGACAGGCGAACGGGACGCUCAAGAGGAAGUACAGCCAGGAGGGAGCGUCGUUAUGGAGUUAGCUCCAUCCAAGAGAUUAAUGAUUCUGUAGGAGCUGGCAGCAGUGGGCGCAGCCUUAGCACCCGUUCUCUGCGGCAGCGACUUCGAGACAGUGUAGGCUUGUGCCUUCCUCUCACCACGCACCACCACUCUCAGCCAGCCAAAGGUCAGGUGUCCUCCAAACGUAAGAUCCACCUGACGGAACUGAUGCUUGAAACAUGCCCUUUCCCGCCCGGUUCGGAUCUGGCCAACAAGUGGCACUUAAUUAAACAACAUACGGCGCCAGUCAGCCCUCAUUCCUCAACUGCUCUUUUGGAUGCAUUUGAUUCAGCACAUUCUUCCCCUGAGGAUGAGGAGGAGAGGCUGCGUGAACGACGUAGACUUAGCAUAGAGGAAGGAGUGGAUCCCCCUCCAAAUGCGCAGAUCCAUACGCUGGAGGCAACUUCACAGAGCUCUUCCCUCUAUAAACUGGGACCAAAGAUGGCUCCUGGUGUUGGGGAAGGACUUGUGGAGAGCAGGAGCAUGGGAACAGUCUCCUCUAUUUCUGGGGGGUUAUCUGGGAUUGCUGCACAGGUUGCAGCGAGUAUGGCAGUGCCAUCCCACGCUGUUGACUGUGACUCUGAGGAGGACUCAACUACCCUUUGCUUACAAACACGAAGGCCCAAGCAGAGGCAUGCCUCUGGAGACACUCACUGCUCCAGACAGCCAGGGCCUUGGAAGGUCCACACACAGAUUGACUAUAUCCAUUGUUUGGUGCCUGACCUACAGGCUAUAACUGCACUUCCUUGCUAUUGGGGGGUGAUGGACCGGUACCAAGCAGAAGCACUGCUGGACGGACGGCCAGAAGGCACCUUUCUGCUACGUGACUCUGCACAGGAGGACUACUUGUUCUCUGUUAGUUUUCGACGCUACAAUCGGUCGCUGCAUGCACGCAUUGAACAAUGGAAUCACAACUUUAGCUUUGAUGCGCAUGACCCCUGUGUCUUCCACUCUUCCACAGUAACAGGCCUGCUGGAGCACUAUAAAGACCCCAGUGCCUGUAUGUUCUUUGAGCCCCUGCUCACUGCUCCCUUACACCGGACUUUCCCUUUCAGCCUUCAGCACCUGGCGCGAGCCGCCAUCUGCAGACGCACCACCUACGAUGGCAUUGGUGCCUUGCCACUGCCUCCAACCAUGCAGGACUUCCUCAAGGAGUAUCACUACAAACAGAAAGUCCGUGUGCGCUGGCUAGAGAGAGAGCCGCCACUCAAGGUCAAAUGAGGUCUGGCUCUGUGCCGAGAGAGGCAGGAGUGUGGGCAAGAGCUUUGCUGCCAGAGGAGUGUGUGUCUCAUAUUAUCAAUCAUACAGCUGGCUUUAGAUGUAAGGCAAAAGAGGAUGUUUUGAACUUCCAGCAGUUUUUUCCUGCUAAUAC